AUGCCUCCCAAGCGAGGCAUCGUCAAGUCAGGAAACGCCGGCAACUCUUCUAAAGCGUCCAAGCCUCAAGAUGCAGCCCCUGCUACUACAAUUGUGGAGGAGAAACCGCUCUUCCCGCCUGGUUCGAAGUAUCCGUUGAGUCUGCUUCAUGAGAGAUGUCAGAAAAAUGGGUGGGAGAAACCUCAAGUUGACACGAGGAAGGAACGCAAUGGAUUCUCCUUCGUCGUGACGCUGAAGAGAAUGAGCAAGAAGACGUCCCAGCAAGAAUCCGUGCGGCUUGAACCUCACCCGUCAAAGAUUCUUCCUACCGCUCUAGAAGCCCGCCAUUGGGGCGCAACCUAUGCAUUGUAUCGUUUCUGCAACGGCAUACAACUAAAUCGAGUGCUACCUCCUGGACCGCGAGAGUAUUGGAACGAGCUGGCUGCUGAACAUCAGGAUGCGCCCGAGCACCAGAAAUGGAUGUAUGAUGCUGAUCCCUUCGCAGCACGCAAGGCGGUGGAAGAAAGGCAGGCCAAAGCCGCGGCGAAAAGAGCGGAGUCCAGUCAGGAAGGACAGGGGACCAGAGGAAGCACAGGAGCGUCAAGAGAAUUCGAAAACGCUCCCGAAGCAAGGAUGGCCAGCGCUUUGCGAGAUCUUGUCGAGGAUUCCAUCAAAAAGGGUAUUGCUCUCUAUCCAGACGCGGAUAAUGUUAAACCAGCCGUCAUAAAUCCAGAAGAUGGCCCGCAAGUACAGCAACAAUUAUGUAGUCUGGGGUUCAAGCCCUCUCAGGCUCGGAGCGCUGUCGAGGCAUUGUCUCGGCCCUCAUUACUGGCCUCCAAUCUUCUACACUGUUUGGCACCCCUACAGGCCUGCAUCGAAUAUCUGAUUCUCCAAGUCCCUGAAUGCGAUCUGCCGCAACGGUUCCUUCCCAGUGCCAACACGUCGGAAUCAUUUGUAACGUCCACACAUGCGGGUACCGAUGACCUCAAGAAGCGAUGGGUCGAAGAAAAGGCCGUCAAGGAAUGUGGCUGGCCAGCGCACGUCGUGAAGGAGUGCAUGUCGGACGUAACGUUGGCGGGAGACUGGGCCAUGCUAGUAUCCUCUCUUGAUCAGAGAUUGCUUGGCCAAAAAUGGCUGGAUUCUAUGGACGCAUACUCGCAUGACGAGCAAGAAGUGGACCAGGAUGAACUAGAUGCACUUGGAGGCGAAUGUGCGGACAACAACGAAAUCGUCAUUCCUCUUCCUGUCGCUCCCCUUAAGCUUGUCGUCUUGACCACUCAGAACCGUACCGUGCCUAUCAAUGGAGUUCCUCCGCCUCUUUAUAUCACCUCGCCAUCGGUACCUGCUUAUAUCCGACUACACCUAGUGUCGAAAUUGCUUUCUGCCUUCAUAUCUGGUACACUACUGGAGUUCGGUGAGACCUUCAUAAUGGCUGCUGUACGAGUGCUGGAAGAAGAGUGGGUCAAUAUCGAGGACAGAGGGCCACCGGAUAUAUCUGCUGUUCUGGCGCAUUUAAUACCCAGUCCCUCCGGCACCGAAGUGGCCGAAGAGGUACCAUAUCAUGACGCUACCUUCAUAGAUUAUGGAACAAGGCGCAAACAGGGUGGUCCCCAGCGGCGGGACGAUCGUUCAGACUCUGCUGUAAAAGAGGCUUUCCUGAACAUGCAGUCAAAUGACCAGUAUACCCAGAUCCUCGCAGCCCGGAGGAGACUUCCAGCAUAUUCUGCUCACGUACAGUUCGUGGACUUGUUGGAGCAUAAUAGAUGCGUCGUGGUAAUAGGAGAAACAGGCUGUGGAAAGACAACGCAGCUGCCUCAAUUUGUACUUGAUUCUAUGAUAUUGGCAGGAAAUGGCUCUAGGGCAUCAAUCAUCGUGACGCAGCCGCGGAGGCUCUCCGCUCUCGGUGUAGCCGCUCGCGUAUCGGCCGAACGCCUGGACGACGGUUCAGUUGGAUACGCGAUACGUGGUGAGAGCAAGCAGAGCAAGAGAACAAAGUUACUCUUCUGCACUACUGGUGUCGUACUGAGAAGAUUAGGAUCUGGAGACAGGCUCAGUGAUGUAACGCACAUUAUUGUAGAUGAGGUGCACGAACGCUCGGUUGACGGCGACUUCCUCCUGCUUGAGCUAAAGGAGCUGUUGAAAACGCACCCCAGGUUGAAGGUUGUUCUGAUGUCCGCUACAAUCAACCAUGAGAUAUUUGUCAAGUAUUUCAACAAUGCCCGACUUCUCACUAUCCCUGGAUUUACUUAUCCAGUUGAAGACAAGUACCUGGAGGACUACAUUUCGGAGCUCGAAUAUAGCCCUUCAGGCUCUAGCGGACGAGCAAGGAAAGGAAAAGAAGCAGAGGAAGAGUCCAAGGCAUUGCGUCAGGAAUUGUCCAAGUCAGGUCUCAACGAGGACACCCUCAGAGCUGUGCAGAGCAUCAGCCGUUCCGACAGAAUAGACUUUGAUCUCAUCUCCGCAAUUGUCUCGCGGAUUGUCUCGACAACGAAGAAGCGUGGGGCAACGUUGAUUUUCCUUCCAGGUGUGCAAGAAAUACGUCAGUGCAUGGAGAAGCUCCGAAACAUUCCAAAUACUCGAAUGCUUCCUCUGCAUGCAAAUCUUUCUAAUGAUGAACAACGCCUUGUCUUCCAAUCUUUCUCCGAAUGGAAGAUUGUUGUCGCUACAAAUACAUCUAUCACCAUCGACGACGUGAUCUAUGUGAUCGACUCUGGAAAAGUCAAAGAGACGCAUUACGACUCAGAAAUUGGCUUGACGAAGCUGACUGAGCAAUGGAUAACCCGUGCUGCCGCCCGGCAACGACGCGGACGUGCAGGUCGUACGCAACCAGGGAUCUGCUACAAAUUAUACACGCGAAUGGAAGAAAAGAAGAUGAUGGCGUUUCCUGUCCCGGAGAUCAAGAGAGUGCCUCUAGAGAGCGUCGCGCUCACAGUCAAGGUGGUCCAUGAGGACAUCAAAACCUUCCUUUCUCGCGCUAUCGAUCCGCCAGAGACGCAGGCUGUGGAUAAAGCUCUCACAGUCCUGGAAGAACUCGCCGCCAUCGAUGCGAAUGGCGAACUAACGCCCCUCGGUCGUCAUAUGGCCAUGCUCCCCGUCGAUCUGAGGCUCGGAAAGAUGUUGAUCCUAAGCACGAUAUUCCAUUGUCUGGGUCCUAUUCUAACAAUAGCCGCUUGCCUAUCUUCCAAGCCGCUUUUCGUCAGUCCGAUAGACAAACGCGACGAAGCAACUCGCGCGCGAGCUCGCUUUGCCAAAGGCAGCAGCGACCUGCUCACCGACAUGAACGCAUAUGAUGAAUGCACGCGUCUCCACUCUGAGGGCAAGUCUCAGGGUGCAAUCCGAGCAUUUUGCGAGGAGAACUACAUCUCCCCGUCUACUAUUCGUGAUAUAACCUCCCUCCGACAAGACUUUCUGGCCUCCCUCUCCGAACUCGGCUUUGUCUCCGGGUACUCGAAGCCCAACGACGAUCUGCUCAACGUGCACAGCGCGAACACGAACCUGUUGAAAGCGGUAAUUCUCGGCGGGCUUUGGCCCCGCGUAGCGCGGGUCUCUCUGCCACGAUCCGCGAUCAAGUUCGAUCGGGUUCAGGCAGGGACGGUACAGCGUGAAAACACGGCGAAGGAGUACAAAUUGUAUGACUUAAAGGACGGCCGCGUGUUCCUCCAUCCGGCAUCCGUGCUCUUCAACGAGACGGUAUGGCGGUCACCGUUCGUCACGUAUUUCCUGAAACAGGCGACAUCCAAGGUCUUCCUGCGGGAUGCUACGGAGGUGCCCGUGUAUGCACUGUUGCUAUUCGGUGGUCCCGUGUUGGUGAAUCACAUCGGUGGAGGAUUGACGGUUGGUACCAAAGAUGCCAUUAUCAAGUUGAAGGCAUGGCCUCGCAUUGGAGUGCUGGUAAAUCAGCUGCGUCGAUUACUUGAUGCGCAGCUCAAACGCUGCAUCGAAGACGGUGCUACCUUGAACGCAGGGCAACAUAAUCCAGUGCUACGGGCCAUGUUAGCCUUGCUGGAGAAUGACGGGCUGUCGUCGUAG